GAAGACGGGGUCUGGGGACAGCGACCGCACUCCGGACUCGUCUUCAGGUUGCACAGGGGAGGCCGCAGCGGAACCUUUCUCCUCCGCCCUGCUCUAGAUUCCACCCGGGCCCGGUUGGCGCCGUACGCAGUGGUGGAGACUUAGACAUGGGGACGGCGGGCGCCGGGCCUGGCGAGCCUUCUCACCUGGAGACUCCGGCGCCCACGGACGAUCGGCUUUUCCUGGUGAAAGGUGGAAUUUUCCUUGGUUCUGUUGCCGCAGCAGGAAUGUUGGCUGGAUUUGUUACCACACUAUCAUUGGCUAAAAAGAAAAGCCCUGAAUGGUUCAAUAAGGGAAGCAUGGCUACAGCUGCCUUACCAGAGAGCGGGUCUUCCCUUGCCUUGAGAGCUCUUGGCUGGGGCUCACUUUAUGCCUGGUGUGGGGUUGGUGUGAUCAGCUUCGCAGUCUGGAAAGCUUUAGGAGUUCACAGUAUGAAAGACUUUCGAAGUAAAAUGCAAUCGAUAUUUCCAACAAUUCCCAAGAACUCCACGUCAGCUGUUGAGUGGGAGGAAGCACUGAAAUCUAAAUAGAAGGACAUGGGUGAAUUCCAGUAUGAUUGCUGCAGGAAGGGUGGUUUUGGAAACACCACCACAGUUGAAAAGGGCCUGGGAGCAGUUUCCCCAUGGAUCACCAACAGAUUGUGAUGAAGCGCAGGACGCAGUGUCGAGGCUCCCCGGCAGGCGCUCUUUCUGUGUGCCUGAGUCUGUCGGGAGGGAAAUGUCUUCCCAAAGUUCAGAUGACUAUUUAACAAUAAUAAUCACUGGGAUGCCUUCCCAGGGAAGAUGUCUGUUUGGAACAAUAAACCAAGGGUUGUACCCGGGAAAAAAGAGUUUAUAAUAAAGUAUGACAAAGAAUCUUUAUAAGCAGACCUCUAACAGCAGUGAUACCUCAAUGUAUCUAAAUAAGUGGGUUUUAUGAGCCAUUCCUGUCCGUAUAUGCCUGAGACUCUGGAUGGUGGAUAUGAGGCAGUGUAAAGUGACAGGCUCAUAGGUGACUCCCACAUAGUGGGAGGCAGUCGUGUGGCUUGUGGUACUGAAAGUCGUCUUUGGUUUGCAGCUAGGACACAUUCCAGUUGCUCACCUGACGGCCUCACUGGAAGGCCCUGUGAACCAUUAUGGGUAGGACAAAAAGCCAACAGCAGAUUACGAUAAAUGACACAGCUGGGCUAAAAUAACAAUAAUGGGUGUAAGAUGUACUUUCUUGAAAAAUUAGUUCUGGGUCCUGAAUACUGACAAUCUAUAGUUUUGUCUCAAAGUAAACCUAUCUUGAAUAUUUUUAACAGAGUCAUCUGAGUCUCAGAAAUUGGUAACUGUUCCUUAAUGAAGCUAAUUCUUACCUACAUACAUAACCCUCUCAUGUCCUCCACGAUCUCACAGAAAACAGAUGGAAAAUAAUGUCUACGUGCAAUUAUUUUUACUGGAAAUUAAAAUUCUUUAAAGAAGAGAAAAUAAUGUGUCAGUGUGUCCAGAGAAAUCGCCCCUGGUCGAACAUCACUUGUGCAGUUUCCUUAGAAUCACUUAGGCUCUAAUUAGUCAGCAAUCAGGUUUAAUAAAGCACAUUUGAAAUUUC